AGGACAGAUGUAACAUUGUUCCUUGUCUAUCUGCCUCAGGAAACCGGCAAAGACGCUUUCGUCAAGAAUCUCCCGACGGAACUGAAACGCUUUGAGAAUAUUCUGAAGAAAAAUAACGGAGGGAAGGGCUUCCUCGUGGGGAACCAGAUCUCUUAUGCUGACUACAACCUGGUCGAUAUGUUGUCUAACCUCGAGGUGCUCUCUCCGGGUUGUCUGAAGUGUACCCCCGUACUCAAGGCCUACCAUGACCAGGUGAUCUCCAGGCCUAAACUCAAGGCUUUCCUGGAAUCCGACGCCCACAAGAAGCUUCCCAUCAACGGGAACGGGAAGCAGUGAGUCUGGGUGGAGCGAUUCCCCCCGUGGGGAGUGCUGUGGCCUCUCGAAGUUAGGCUUGGCUCGGCCUAGUGGGCCUUCCUCCUCCUCCUCCAGGAGCCGCCUCAGCGUGGUGUUACCGCCAGCCCCUCCUGAGGACUGAAAUAAAGAUGUUUUGGGAACCUU